AUGCGGUCAGUUUGUUUUGUUGAUCAUAUUGAAUUUGAGUUCUCUGGUUCAGUUAGCAAAAAUGCUAUAGCAAUAGGUGAUGUUGAUAAUGAUGGAGAAAUAGAACUAAUUGUGGGUAACAUGAAUGGUGAAGUAGCUAUUUACAAGCAUGAUAAAUGUUGGCAAAAAAUCAGUAAUCUGGGAAUGAUAACAGCAAUCGGUGUGGGAGAUGUAAUGAACUGUGGUAGUAACGCUCUUGUAAUUGUUUGUGGAGAUGGUUGGUGUCAUAUUUGUUUGUGCCUCCAUCCAAAAUUUGAAGACAGCGAAGAAUCGGCUCACGUCAAAUUGGAGCCAGUACACGUCCAGCGAAUACCACCAAAUACAAAGGUUAUAAUACUUGAGGAUGUGGAUGGGGAUGGCACCGUGGAGAUGGUUGUUGGACUCACGGACCGUGUGGUUCGCUCGUACCGCUGGGUCCAGAACGCAACUGGUGGCCGGCUCGUCUGCCUCUACAAGUGGGAGUGUGCCAACCAGAUCGGUGGACUGGCAAUAAAUCAUGAUCCUAAUGGAGCUCCUAAACUACUGGUUGCCCAGCCAGGUGGCACCAUCAUGAAGAUCAAUCCAGAGAUCAUUCUUGGCUCGGAAGAGGGCGAAGAGCAGAUAGAAAGAAACGAGAACCCUCUGCUGUCGUCUGUCGAGUAUCACCCGUUAAUGGUGUCACGGAUGCGUAAUCCCAGCAUUAGCACGGAGAUAAUCGCAGAUGUUAGUGAGGGGCCUGAGAGCACCAAGGAGAAAGGCCUACCGUAUGUUGUGGCUACACUGGAUGGCACUCUAAUGUUUGUUAAGAAUGAGGAGAUCAUUUGGUCCUAUCAAGUAGACCACCAGCUGUUUGCAUUAAGCAAGUUGGAUGUGAUUGGUGAUGGUAGAGAUGAGAUCAUCGCUUGCUCCUGGAAUGGGCAGACCUACAUUCUGGACCAGGACAAGCACAGUGUGCGGUUCCACUUGGAGGAGCCUGUGUCAACUUUCUGUGCUGGCUUGUACACCCUGAAAUCGGGGGCUGCACCAUCACCUUGCUUCAUAUACGUCACGUUCCACAACAAGGUUUUGGUGUACUACGACAUACAAAUUCCAAAGAUGUUAACAACUAGUCUUUUAGCAAAUGUUAAGUCAAAUUUGGACAAGAAACAGCUGAAACAGUUAUAUAGAUGGUACCUCUAUGGUCAACCACAGGCAAGAAAUCCUAAAGUUUCCGAAUAGUGUUUUUUCUAGACAUUUGUUAGUUCCAAAUUUCUACAGUGUUUUGAUUAAUGUAAUGUAAAGUAUUAAAAAUUAUGCAACAACAA